GCCAUUUCUGGAGAGUACUAUUUGGGUUUGGAAACCCAUGUUGGCUGUCCAGAGUAUGAAAUUUGGCAUCAUCCUCUUGUGGUGGGUAUGGAUUUUGUCUGGUGAAAGUCGAGUACACUGGCAAGGACGAGAAGGACAUGAGAUGGCUAAAAAAGGCAGCCCGAUUCUGAAACGAAGCCCUGACAUCACCAAGUCCCCGCUGACAAAAUCUGAGCAGCUCCUAAGGAUAGACGACCAUGAUUUUAGCAUGAGGCCUGGUUUUGGAGGCCCAGCCAUUCCUGUUGGCGUGGAUGUGCAGGUGGAGAGCUUGGACAGCAUCUCAGAAGUCGACAUGGAUUUCACAAUGACCCUCUACCUGAGGCAUUACUGGAAGGAUGAGAGGCUGUCCUUCCCCAGCACCAACAACCUGAGCAUGACAUUUGACGGGCGGCUGGUGAAGAAGAUCUGGGUCCCAGACAUGUUUUUCGUCCACUCCAAGCGCUCCUUCAUCCAUGACACCACCACCGACAACGUCAUGCUGCGGGUUCAGCCGGAUGGAAAAGUGCUCUACAGCCUCAGAGUUACAGUGACAGCGAUGUGCAACAUGGACUUCAGUCGAUUUCCUCUGGACACUCAAACAUGCUCACUGGAGAUUGAAAGCUAUGCCUACACAGAAGAUGAUCUCAUGUUAUACUGGAAAAAAGGCAAUGAUUCCUUGAAGACAGAUGAGCGGAUCUCCCUCUCACAGUUUCUCAUUCAAGAAUUCCACACCACCACCAAGUUGGCUUUCUAUAGCAGCACAGGCUGGUACAACCGUCUGUACAUUAACUUCACAUUACGUCGCCACAUCUUCUUCUUCUUGCUCCAAACUUAUUUCCCUGCAACCCUGAUGGUCAUGCUGUCCUGGGUGUCCUUCUGGAUCGACCGCAGAGCUGUGCCUGCCAGAGUACCUUUGGGUAGCACCACAGUGCUGACAAUGUCCACCAUCAUUACGGGUGUGAAUGCCUCCAUGCCUCGUGUCUCCUACAUCAAAGCUGUGGAUAUCUACCUCUGGGUCAGCUUUGUGUUUGUAUUCCUGUCGGUGCUAGAGUAUGCAGCUGUCAACUACCUGACCACUGUGCAGGAACGGAAAGAGCGGGAGCUUCGGGAGAAGCUUCCCUAUGCCUGUGGCUUGCCCCAGCCCCGAGCGAUGAUGCUGGAUGGCAGCAACAGCGAUGUGGAGGUAAAUGACCUGGGAAGGUACAUGCCUGAGAAUGGUGAGAAGCCAGACAGGAUGAUGGUGCAGCUCACCCUGGCCUCUGAGAGGAACUCCCUGCAGAGGAAAAGUCUGAGAAGCAGCUAUGUGAGCAUGAGGAUUGACACUCAUGCCAUUGACAAAUACUCCAGGAUAAUUUUCCCAGCAGCGUACAUUUUAUUCAAUGUUAUAUACUGGUCUAUUUUCUCAUAGAUGCCUGCAAUGCUAUACAUUUCACAUUCUUUAAUUCUUCAUGGUUUGUACUGUAGAAAUACUUCAGUGAUGAAAAAUAAUAUUAUAGUUUAAAAAAAAUCUAUCCAUCCAUGUUUUUUCACUGUCCCUUCUCUAGUUUUCCAUAUCUAUAUGGCCAAGAUACUGACUGGUUUAAUUUGCACUUAUGAUCUAUCUAU